GCCGGGGCACUAUCUCAAAAUAAAACCCCAAACAAAGUCGCUCAGCGAACAUGCUUAUUGGAAUGUUUACGACGCCUACAACAAACCUAAACUCAAUAUUUCUUUUGACGAAGCAAAGACUCAAACUGAAAACAUUCUCAGCUCAGCGUUUCAAUACCGUAUGGUUAGUGAUGUUCCGGUUGGUGUGUUUUUAAGCGGAGGCUAUGACAGCACUUGCCUUACUUCUGUUUUAAUGGCCGGUGGUUCGAAGAAACUACAAACUUUUACAAUCGGCAUCAAAGAUUCCUCUUUAAACGAAGCGCCUUAUGCUAAAGAAACAGCAAAGUAUCUUGGCACCGAUCACACAGAAAUUUACUGCGAAGAAAAAGAUGCAUUGGAUCUGAUUCCUUACCUGACAUCCAUUUACGACGAACCCUUUGGCGAUCAGAGUUCCAUUCCCACUAUGCU